AUGGCGGCACUGGGCAUGCUCGUGAACGGGCUGAUGCUGGGCCUCGUGCAGACAGGUUCGGCAAUGCGAGUGGACUUCGCCGAAGUCGCGUGUUCUCCAACUUCGAGGUUGACAGCCGGACUGAUCAAUGAGGAUUUCAACUGCCAGCGCAUCAACCUGGAGCAGGGCUACGACCUCCACAAGAAGGACGACGCUCGUCGUGCCAAGGAGUGGUUCAAUACGACGUGCCCUCGCAAGGCGUGGUUUUCGACACCAUGUACCUACUUCUCGUUGAUGCAGAACCUUACACCUGAACACAAACGACGACCUGGCAACUGGGAGAAUUUCCUACGACCGCGACUUCGGGCUCGCGCUAUGAAUGGGCACUGCGUGGAUAUGGCCUUGGAAACUCUACGACACGAUGGUGAUAUCUACUGGGAGUGGCCGUACAAGUGCAGUGGCUGGUCUACACCGGAGCUCAACCGGUUCAGGCGCGCGGCGGAAAAGAUCAUCGGACGACCUCUCCGCAUGGUGAGGGUCGACGCGUGCCAGGUCGGCAUGCGCGACGAGCAUGGCGUGCUCAGGAGCAAGUCUUGGGGUAUCCUCACCAGUUACGAGAAUUUCACGCAGUGGAUGGCACUACACUGUACGAAAGACCAUCCUCACAGCACGCUCGAGGGGCACGACGCUGUGGCGGCGUCGGCCUACUAUCCGGAUCCGAUGAUUCGGAGAUUGGUCAAGGGUUUCGCCAAGGACCUGCGCGGUCAGGAUUUCGCGGAGGACUUCUGGGCGAUGAGCGCGCUGCAGGACUGCGAGGAGCAGUUGUACGGCAUCGAGUCGGGCAUAGACAAGCACUUCAAGAAGAUGCCGGAGGACAACGUCACGCUCGACAAGGCGCUCGUGGACGAGCUGAUCUGCGAUGCCUGCACCGAGACCCAGGACACGCAGCACCAGGCUGUGGUGUCACUCUCUUUGCCACCAAAGUUGUGGCAGGCGGUGAAGCUGGACUGCUUCGAGCUGGAGGUGCACCACAGGAAGCUGUUCGCGGUGCUCUACAUGGACGCGGCCUGCAACUUGGCAGUUCGCAGCGUCUUCAAGGAGGUGGAUACCAAGGGCAAGAAGGCGUACUUCGAGCCGUCUGGCGCCCAGGUGUUGUCGGCGUUCCUGGAGGAUUGGUGGCAGCACAAGCCGCGGUGCCAGUUCCUGAUCUCGGACCCGGGCGGCGGCUUCGUGAGCAACCAGUUGCGCGAGUGGUGUGGCAAGAACGCCGUGGGCAUCAUCCAGAGCCCGGGCGAGUUCAAUGGUCUGACGGCCGACCUGGAGAUUCUUAUCAGGCAGAUCAAGAAGACCGCUCGACGCAUCUCCUUGGACGAGCCGACGCUAUCGUUGGCCGACUGUGUGUCGCUGGCCUGCGCCGCUCACAACAACCAGCACAAGGCGUCGGGCUACACACCAGUCCAGUGGGCGUACGGUACCAAUCACCAGGGCUACCAGUUCGCGGAGGAGGCUGGUCGCCUGGAUGGAGACGGCUUGGCACACACCGAACUUCAUCGUCUUUUGGCAGAGCGGGUCUACCUGGAGGAGCAGGCUCGUUCAGUGGCGACUCGGCUUCGGCACUCCAUGAGGCAGAAGCUUCUCUCGAUCAAGAUCGGCGACUGGAUCAUGUACUUCCGCCGUGGCAAGAACACUGGAGCUCGAGGUUCGUGGCUCGGACCUGCGAGAGUUUUGGCCAUCGAGCCGAAGGUCAACCUCCAGCGUGAACGUGCCGACGAGUCCGCUUCGAUCGAGGACGAGAUUUCGGUGGUGUGGAUCGUACAUGGCACGAGGCUUAUUGGGUGUAAUCCGACACAGCUGAGGUCGAGCAGUCAGCGCGAGGCGGUCGUGGCAUCGCUCAAGGGUAACAUCGACAGGGACUCGCCGACCAACGCCUCCAAUACCUACCAGAGCAACCAGGACCAGGUGAUGAUUUUCUCCAAGGAGAUCGGCGUGAAUUUCGUGAUGGUGCUCAGGCUGGAGACGACGGUGCAAACCUUCAUCCAGUUCCUCGAGAUGGUCCUCCAGAUUUGUCUCGAGUACCAGCGGGUCCGGUUGAGGUACAAGGCAUCUCCCUACGACACGCCUCAUGGACCAGAAGCGACGUCGGCGGCACCAGAGGAAAUCACCAGUGGCCCUGCAGGUGCUCUGAUUGGCGAUGAAGCCGCGGUAGUUCCCCGAGAGGGUAGCCCGGCAGAGCCUCUUGGGGUGGGACCCGACUCUGCGGACGGGCCGUUCGCAGAGGGUUUCGCGGGAAACCAGGAUCCUGCCGGGGAGGCCCCCACUGGUGAAGCAGACGAACGUGACAGAAAGGAGCCAGAGGCCAAGCGCAUCAAGCUCGGAGAGAUGGAUUUCAUGACGCGCGACUUCGAGGACGAGGUCAAGUACCUGGAGGCUUGGGACAACUUCAACAACCAGUCCGUGGCCUACCUGAAGGACACGACCAUCGAGCGCGAAGUGAUCGAGGUCGCGACCGAUUUCACUCACAUCGGAGCCUUUCUUCAAGACUCUACGGUCUGGCUCUCCAAGAGGCUUGGCGACGGCAAGGCGACAGAGGUCACCUACUCCAAGCUGGCGCCAGGGCAGCAGCUCGAGUUCGACGAGGCGAUGUGCAAGGAGAUCAGCCAGGUCAUCGCGACCAAGAAGUACCAGGAGGGUGGCGCACGCAAGCCGAAGGCUCGGCUAGUCAUUCUGGGCUACCAGCACCCGAGUCUGACGGAGCUCUCUACGGCGGCGCCUACGCUGGGGAAGCUGGCUCGCAACAUGCUGUUCCAGGUGUGCGCGCAGCACAAGUUCAAGCUCAAGUUCGGCGACGUCAGCUCAGCUUUCCUCCAGACCGACGCGAGCGAGGAGUUCGAGAGUCUGAACGUGAAGCGGCAACUACGUACCGACCAGUGCGUGUGGAUCUUGCUGGAUACCAACAACCAGCUGAAGGGUAUCAUCGGCGUCCACGUGGAUGACUUCAUCAUCGGCGGCGACGAGACGUCGAAGCUGUACAGGGACGCGGAGAAGGCCAUCAAGGACCUCUACAGAUGGGGCGCGUGGACUUCCGGCCAGGCCGAGUUCAGUGGACUACGCGCUCGCCAGUUCAAGGAUUUCUCGAUCACGCUGGACCUCUACGACUACACGAACAAGUUCAUCACGGAGGCCGAGAUCGACGCCGACCGCCAAAAGCAGGCUCAUCUACCACUCGAGCCGAAAGAGAUCUCACUGCUUCGUGGGGUACUGGGUACGGCCAGUUGGAGGGCACAGCAAGUGCCCCCACAGUAUGCGGUGGACGUUGGGCUUGCCUUGUCUCAAGUCAACAACGCCAAGAUCAGCAACUUGGUGAAUGCCAAUAAGCUUGUCAAGGACAUGCGUAAAUCGGCGUCGCAGGUGAUCAAGUCCCACCGGUUCGAGAACUACGAUUGGCACGAGUUGUGGAUGGUGCAGUGGGCGGACGCUAGCGACAAGCUCAGGCCCGACGGCAGCAAGACUGGCGGGCUGGUGACAGGCCUCUCGACUCUGGAUUUCGCGAAUGGCAGCAUGGCAAACGUUUCGAUACUUGGAUGGAGAUCCUUCAAGCUGCCUCGCAAGAUUUCGGGCUCCAACAACAACGAGACGCAGUCGACCGCGUUCGGCGACGAGAUGUUGUGGUUAACCUCAUGCAUGCUCAUCACAGAUUCGCGCGGCAUCUACGACGCGAUCUUGAAGUCGGAGUCUCCCCAGUUGGGCAUGCGCAGCUUCAGAUCAGGCGAGGAGGCCAGAGGCAUCAAGGAGCAAAUCUUGCGCACGGACGUGUCUUUCAGAUGGGUGAACGGUUUGGCCAUGCUGGCAGAUAGCCUGACGAAGCCGGGAUAUCCGGCUCGACAUGUGAUGGAGGAGUUUUUGGCCACGCAGCGCUGGAAGUGUACGUUUGACGAGAUGUUCCAGAGCGGACGUCGGAGGCAGCGCGACGGCAAGGGCGCUUUCACAGACGCGCCCGAGGAG